AUGUCCACCACUCUCCCUCUCUUCUGGCACCUCUCUUCGGCCAGCAAAAAGGAGCGUCUUGACGCGUCCGCGAAGCUUCUUGCUGCUCUCGAACAUUUUCAGUCCAGUUUCGUGCCCAAACCGACCUCCCCGGAGACGUCUGAGGACGACGAGGACGACGAGGACAAGGCCACGGGCAAAGCAGACGGGCUCGACGCUCUCAAUGCUCAAGAUGUCUCGUACUCGAUCCGACGACUGAUACGUGGGCUUGCGAGCCCGAGAGAGAGCAGCAGGUUAGGAUUUGCGGUUGCAUUGACGGAGCUACUAGCUCGCCUAGACACGGUGACGUGCUCGCAAAUCGUACAGCUUGUCCUGGACUCGUCCAAAACUCAAGCGCGACGUCCUCUUUGCUCGCCUUUCGGGCUUACGUCUGUGAUUCAAUCUGGACUGCUGCUGCGCGACGCGACCCUCCCUUCCUCGUCUACCUCUGCUUCCGACCUCGCGAGCUUCGAGAAUGUCAUCGCCCAACUCAUCGCCCUCGGAGAAAAGAAGUCCUGGCUGCGCGAAAGCGCGUGGUGGUCCAUCAGCCUGGCCGUCGACGCCCUCACCGCAUCCGGUGUGUCCUGGAAGGACGACGCCGUCGAGGCCACCCUGUCAGCUGUCUACGCCGAGCCCAAGGUCUGGACACCGGAGAAACUGGCCCUCACCCUCAAACUACAGGCGGCGUGCCCCACGAGGGCCUGGAAGAAGCUGCUCGCCCCAACCUUCAAGUCCCCCGAAAUCCUCAGCACAGGGAACCUGGCCGCGGUCGCGCGCGUCCUCAAGGAAGCGGACGCGGACGAAGAUGUGGAAAAAGAUCUCCCGAAGUCCGGGUCUUGGAAACCGCAGGUGCAUUUCGUCUGGGACGCGCUCCUGGAUCACGUUCUGCCGCGCGGCGGCGACCGCGCGCGGCCCGGAAAGAGCACCUUCCCAGAGUUUUUCCGGAUCGUCGUCGACGAGUCGCUAUUUGCGUCAACGUCGUCGCCGGAGCGCAAGUAUUGGGGCUUCCAGGUCUUCCAAAAGGCGCUGCCGCGCGUCAGUGCUGGGGACAUGCCGAUGCUCUUCACGAAAAACUUCAUGCGGUCGUGGAUCAACCAUUUGAGCAACUCUGAGCGCUUUCUGCACAAGGCGGCCAGGCAAGUGGCCGCAGAUGUCCUGAACGUCGUGAAGGGCAACCCUACUCUCGGGUUCUCGCUGAUCCUCCAGCUCACGGGUCUGCACGGAAGCCGAAACUUCGACAAGCUGACGAAGACGAAGACGGUUGAGACCAUUUUGACGUCAAUGGACGAGGACGGGAUCAAGGCGUACAUCGACUACCUGCUGAAACAGGUCAACGAAGAGCAGACCGCCCCUGGUUCCGCUUCCGCAGAUGUGGACGCCGAUGCCGAUGACAUACAGGCCCUCAACACCCGGCGGGCGUGGAUCGUCGACCAGCUCAGCGCACUAGUCCGCAACGCGGCGGUGCCUAAGGCCGACGGAUGGAUGCAGACGAUCCUCGACUGGCUGAUCGUCCAUGGCCUGUUCAUUGUGGCCAAGAUUCCGAACAAGAGCGCCAUCGCCGCGGUAACUGCGCACGGUUCCCACACCGCGUUUUCGGACGAUCUGCGACGGGCCUGCCGCGAGCGGCUCCUCGCGUGCUUGGCGGAGCUCACGUCGCAGGCCACUGUUAUCAAAGACGACGAGGGCAAGGCGAGCAAGGUCCCCGCAGUCGCCGCCGACGGCCGGCUGUGGGUCUCGAGGGCGCUGCAGACCAUAUGGACGCUGGAGAAGGACACGAAGCACGUCCGGCCGCUGGACGAGGCGGACGAGGACGAGGCUGCGCUCCGGCAGAAGGCGCGCGAGGUGAUCGCGCGGGUGCAGGACGUGCACGACGACCGGCGCGAGGCGGCGCGCGGGGUCGAGCUGCUGCUCGCGGCGACGCUGCUGCACGCCUACUGUGCGGAUGAGGACGACGCGGAUCCCGACGCGCUCGAGAGCUGCAUCGACGGCGCGUCCCGCAUGUUCCCCGACGCGCCCGCGACGAGCAAGAAGCCCAAGAAGGGCCGCACGCCCGCGCAGGACGGCGCGGAGGACGACGGCGAGCCGGCGCCCGUGGACGUGCUCACGGACGCGGUCAUCGGCUUCCUCGAGAAGGGCACCGCGUACCUCCGCGCGGCGGCCAACCAGGCGUUCGCCCUCCUGUCGGGCUCCGCGACCGCGAGCACGAUCGAUCUCGUCCUGGCGCAACUCGAGCGCCGGGACCCGGCGGAACUCAUGGCGGACGAGGAAGACGAGGACGUGGAAAUGGAAGGCGCUGGAGAAGACGACGAAGACGCCGAAGACGCCGAGGAGGACGAGGAUUCCUCCGACAGCAACGGGGAGGACGAAGAGGAGGAGGAAGACGAAGACGAAGAGGCGGACUUGGAGCUGAGGAAGAAGAUCGAGGAGGCGUUGCGGGUGAACGGGAUCGCGGCGGCCACCGGGGACUCGGACGAGGAGGAGUCCGAAGAGGAGCUGAUGGACGACGAGCAGAUGCUCGCCCUCGACGUGCAGCUCGCCGCCGCGUUCAAGGCGCGUGCGGCCGAGAAGCGGGACGGCAAAGACGUCGACGCGCAGCGCGAGGCGACGCACUUCAAGGCGCGCGUGCUCGACCUCGUCGACCUCUUCGCACGCAAGCACGCCGCGAGCCCGCUCGCCGUCCGCCUCGUCCUCCCGCUCGUCGCCCUCGUCUCCUCCACCGGCCCCGACGAGCGCCAGCUCGCGGACAAGGCCGCCGGCAUCCUCCGCACCCGCCUCGCCAAAGCCAAGGACGUCCCCGCGCUGGCCACGCCCGAGGACGCAGCGGAGGCGGCGAAGGCGCUCGACGCGCUGCACGCGCUUGCGCGCAAGGCGCCGUCCGCGGACGCGCUCGCGACGCUCGCCGCGUGCAGCCUCUUCCUGUCCAAGGCGCUCCUGCACGCGGGCGACGCGGGGCGCGCGCAGGCCUCGCGCCUCAACACCGCCUUCUUCGACGAGCUCGUGAAGCGGCUGCCCGCGGCCGCGUGGGGCCUCCGCGCGGACCUGGUGCAGGCGGUGGGCGGGGCGCUGAACGCGUACCGGCAGGCGCAGUGCUUCCACGUCCUCCAGACGCUCGUGAACCAGAUCCAGGCAGUCACGGAGGCGGUGCCGUUCAUGGCGACCCUGAGCGCCGCGUUGCUCGACGCGCUAAACGGUGCGUGCGCGGACGCCGAGUCGGCCGUGCAGCCCGCGCACGCGAAAGACGCGCUCAAGCUCGCGCUCGUCGCGGCGCGGCAGACGAAGCGCGUCGCGGCGGACGCCGAGGCCGUGGCGGGCGCGUGGCCGCCGGCGAAGUGGGCGGCGCUGGGGAGUGCGCUCGCGGCGAGCGAGCGGUUCAAGGGCGUGACGAGCCUGCCGGCGAUGUGUAAGCAGGUCGUGCAGAUCGUGCAGGCGCAACAGGAGGCGAAGAAGAGCAAGGGCAAGAACGCUAAGGAGGGUGCGGUCAAGGAGACGGAGGGCACGGGCCCGCGAAGGGAGAGAAGAAAGCGGCGAAGCGCAAGGUGGACGAGGUGGCGGAGGACGCGAGCGGGAAGAAGACGAAGCGCAAAAAAGUGCGUAAAGCGCAGUCCGGGUAGCGUUCUGGAGAUUAGGAGUGUGUAG